CGUCUUCACUACUCACUUGAGUCAUCAUUGAUCAUGUUGAAGCUAUCACAUUCUCCCGUUCGCAGAUCGAAAUCUAAAAGAUCCCAUCUUUCACGAACCUGAAUCACAUCCAUUCUCGUUUCCAAUGCCAAAUGCCUGGAAAAGAGACAAACCCACGAGGCUACUCUCCCCAAAGUUCCUCUUUUUACUCUUCUCCUCCACACUCAUCCUCAUCUUCAUCUUCCUCUCCUCUUCUCGCCCCUCCAACCCUAACCCUAACCCUAACCCUAACUACUUCGCCCUCAACAAUCGCCUCUCCUUCCAUGCAAUCUCCCCCUUUGACUGCUUCAAUUCCGCACAGGCCCACCCUGUUAUCGCUAGCACCGUCGAAGGGGUUCGCUACCCAUUCCUCUUCUCACUCUCCGAUUUCGGAACCCUUCCCGAUAAGCCCCACAAGAACAUCGUCAGGAUCCUCAAAGGUAAGCCCUUUCGGAAGCCCGACAUAUCCGUGACGGUUCAGGACAUUCUGGAGAAGGCCAAGACCGAAGGGAGAGACGGCUUUUUCGUCGACGUGGGAGCCAAUGUCGGCAUGGCCACCUUCGCCGCUUCGGCUAUGGGCUUCCCGGUCUUGGCCUUCGAGCCCAUCUUUGAGAACUUGCAGAAGAUCUGUGAAGGGAUUUUCUUCAACAGGGUGACCAAUUUGGUUACAUUGUUUGAGGCUGCCGCUUCUGAUCGGCUUGGUAACGUUACGGUUCACAAGUUGGUUGGUAGGCUGGACAACAGUGCUAUCUCUGCCACAGGUGCAAAGUUGGCAUUCAAGUCCAAUGAAGAGGUUGCAAUUCAAGUAAGGACUGUUCCUCUUGAUGAAGUGAUUCCGGAAUCGGAGCGAGUGCUUCUGCUUAAAAUAGAUGUCCAAGGCUGGGAAUAUCAUGUCCUCAAAGGAGCAAUAAAGUUGCUCUCAAGAAAGGGAAGCCAAGCACCAUAUCUCAUAUAUGAGGAAGACGAGCGUUUGUUAGAGGCCAGCAAUAGCACUUCGAAAGAGAUCCGAGACUUCCUAAGUAGUGUGGGUUAUAAUGAUUGCACCAAGCAUGGCACAGAUGCACACUGCACCAAGAAGGAUGUAAGAUGAUUGAUUGUGUAAUUUUUAGCUUUCAGAUUUGCAGCAGCACCUUGAUGGAAAACCAAGUCAUUGCUCUUUUUCUGGAAAAGCUACUUCUUGAAUGGUGAAUUUGAUUAGAGAUGCUGAUGGAAAGAAGUUAAGAUGAGAGGCAAAACUACGCCGCCAACGGCAAACUCGGUAGUUACUUGAGAUCACACGAAAGUAUAUCUAUCUGUAGAAAUUGGGAGGGAAUAUGUUCUAGACAUGAAAUUCUCUUGUGAUUCUUGUGUACAUUAAUAUAUCUGUGGGUGUCUUUGAGGCUUGUA